AUGGCUCUCAUGUCGGCUGCACCAUUCUUAAGGGGCUGUCGGCGGCGGAGCGAGUUCAGUUCCGCCUUAGACCUCGUCGAGAUCGCGAUCGCUAUGUGGCCACCACUGCUGCUGGUGAUGUUGUUCCUUCAAGUUUGGCUCAGACCAAUCAAGGCUCUUUUUGAGCAGUGUAAUCAUCAGGUGAAGAUGCAAUCGGGCCAGAAGCUGCUUAUUAACUCACCCUACUACCCGGCCUUGUAUCCUGUCGGCACAUCCUGUCGCUACGCGGUGGAGGCGCCCAAGGAUCAGGUGCUGCAAUUUAAGUGUGAACUUCAGCUGCAGACGUUUCCAAGUGGCAUCUCUGUACAAGACUUUCCUUCAAUUACAUUUUCCCUGACUUGUUCGCAGCUUUCCACGGACCUGAAAUGCCGCUCGGAGGUGUUUCACUUCAAUUCCGAAGGCGACGAGGUGUUAACAAGUUCCGAAUACUUUUGCGGUAGCGGAAAAUUUGAGCGCAAAAGUUUCCUCAAUCGUGCCGUGAUUUCCUACAUUUCCAACGGCCAACCAGAGCCACCACCCACCACCGCGUCAUCCGUCAAGCUGAAGGAUAAGCUCUCAGGGGUAUCGACGACUGAGGCGCCACAAAAUGUUUCCAUAGAGGAGCAAGAUGAGGAGGCAGAGGAGGAGGAGGAGGAGGAACAAUACCAAGAGCCAGAGCAGGAAGAAACCGAAGAGUCGGAGGACCUCAGUGACGAGGUGCUGCACGUGUUGCAGGAUGUGGGCGUCAGCGAUGCCUUGGCCUAUGUGGCCUCCCUGCUCUACGACGACGUUGAGGAGUCCAGAAAGUCCAGCACUGCCAUUUACCUUAAGCAUCACCUGCCAAGUCAACGCAGUUCAAAGACUUCCGCAAAACGUGUCCGGAUUGUGUCGAACUAUCCCCUGGCUCCUGCUGCCGGAGGCGGACGCUUCACCUGCCUGGUGGAGGCCAUACAGCCCACGUGUAGCUGCGGCUGGAGUCGCUACCCCCUGUCCCGGAUAGCCAGUCCUGAUAACGAGGAGGCAAUGUUGCAUGAGUUUCCUUCCAUGGCUGGUGUCUUGACCAAGAAGCAGGGAAAGGUGUUCUGUGGAGCAGCGAUCAUUCACCACCACUACUUGCUGUCGGCGGCUCAUUGUUUCCUGGGUCCCGAGACCAGGAAUGCCGCGCAACUUCGUGUCGUAGUGGGCGAGCACGAUCUGGCCAGCUCCUUUGAGACCUUUGCCACCAGGAGAUACGAUUUAGAUGCCCUGAUCCUCCACGAGCAGUUCAGCCAGGCGAAUGGACAGCCCAGGAACGAUAUCGCCUUGCUGAGAACACGAUCGCCCAUCGUUUGGAGCCGCCAUGUGGGUCCUGCCUGCCUGCCACUGCAGCCUGCGGAGGAUGGCCGUAAGCUGCCCUUGGCAGGUGAUCAAGUUGUGGCCGCCGGUUGGGGCACCACUUCCUAUGGCGGUCCCCAGACCACCCGCCUGCUGAAGACCACCCUGGAUGUGAUCGAUGGUCAGGUUUGCCGGCAAACUUUGGCCUCGAGCUCAACUGGAGUUCCAACACAUACCUUCUGCACAUAUACACCCGGACGGGACACGUGUCAAUACGACUCCGGCGGAGCACUCUACGAGAGGAUUAACGGACGCCUGGUGGCCGUGGGCAUCGUUAGCUUUGGCCAAGCCUGCGCCACACAGCUGCCAUCGGUCAAUACGCGAGUUGCCUCGUUCAUCAAGUGGAUACGAUCCAAGAGCCCCGAGGUGGCCUAUUGUCCUGGCCGAAUAUAA